CCCGUGUGGCGGUCCGAGCAAGCCAUCGGAGCCAUCGCGGUGAGCCGGGCUGACGGCGUGUUCGUGGCGAGCGGCAGCUGCCUGGACCAGCUGGACUACAGCCUGGAGCACAGGCUCUCGCGCCUGUACCGGGACCAAGCGGGCAACUGCACGGAGCCCGUCUCGCUGGCGCCUCCCGCGCGGCCCCGGCCGGGGAGCAGCUUCAGCAAGCUGCUGCUGCCCUACCAAGAGGGGGCGACAGGCCUUGGGGGGCUGCUGCUCACCGGCUGGACCUUCGACCGAGGCGCCUGCGAGGUGCGGCCCCUGCGCAACCUGAGCCUUAGCUCCCUGCGCAACGGCACGGAGGUGGUGUCCUGUCACCCGCAGGGCUCGACGGCCGGCGUGGUGUACCGCGCCGGGGAGGGCAAGGAGAACCACUGGUACCUGGCCGUGGCCGCUACCUACGUGCUGCCGGAGACCGAGACGGUGAGCCGCUGCAACCCGGCAGCGUCCGACCGCAACACUGCCAUCGCCAUCAAGGACACCGAGGGGCGCAGCCUGCGCACGAAGGAGCUGGGCAGCCUCAAGCUCCACGGUGGGGGCUCGGGCAGCCUUCACUUCGUGGACGCCUUUCUCUGGAACGCCAGCGUCUAUUUCCCGUACUAUCCCUACAACUACACCAGCGGCGACGCCACGGGCUGGCCCAGCAUGGCGCGCAUCGCGCAGCACACCGAGGUGCAGUUCCAGGGCCAGGCGGCCCUCGACUGCGGCCACGGGCACCCCUACGGCCGCCGCCUGCUCCUCUCCUCCAGCCUGGUGGAGGCCCUGGACGUCUGGGCUGGUGUGUUCAGCGCGGCCACCGGGGAGGGCCAGGAGAGGCGCUCCCCGGCCACCACUGCGCUCUGCCUCUUCAGGAUGAGUGAGAUCCAGGCGCGCGCCAGGAGCUGCAAGUGGGACUUCGAGGGCACGGAUCAUAACUGCAAAGAUCAACCUGAGAAAGUCCAACCAAUCGCAUCUUCUACCGUGAUCCAUUCCGACCUGACAUCUGUUUAUGGCACCAUGGUGAUGAACAGAGUUGUUUUGUUCCUGGGGACUGGAGAUGGCCAGUUACUCAAGGUUAUUCUUGGUGAGAAUUUGACUGCAAACUGUCCGGAGGUUAUCUAUGAAAUUAAAGAAGAAACACCUGUUUUUUACAAACUCGUUCCUCAUCCUGAGAAGAACAUCUACAUCUAUCUAACGGCUGGAAGAGAGGUGAGGAGAAUUCGAGUUGCGAACUGCAGUAAACACAAGUCCUGUUCGGAGUGCCUAACAGCAGCAGACCCUCACUGCGGAUGGUGCCAUUCGCGACAAAGGUGUACUUUUAAAGACGAUUGUGGACGUUCAGAGAACUCAGAAAACUGGCUGGAUAUUUUGUCAGGAGCUAAAAUGUGCCCUCAAAUUCACAUCUCUCAAAAAAGUAAAGAUAAGACUGCGGUGACGCUGGCGGGAAGCAUGUCCCCGAGGCGUUCGGGCUGCGUGGUGAGGGACGUGCCGUCCGGCCGGGAGCUCUGCAAGGGCGAAAGCCCGCCCAACAGGACCUGCACCUGCAGCAUCCUCACCGCAGCGUCCCUCAAAGAUGUUUUAGUUGUCAACGUGACGUUCUCCUUCGGUUCUUGGCAUUUAUCAAAAAGAUUCGACUUUACCAACUGCUCGUCAUUAAGAGAAUGCCCAGUGUGCACUGGAACUGGCUGUGCUUGGUGUGAGAGCGAGGGGAAGUGUAUCCACCCCUUCACGGCUUGCAGCCCCUCCAACUACUACAGAAACCAGGAACCUUGUCAAGUUGCCGCUGAGAAGCAGGCCCCGUCCCGGACGGCAGGAGGCGAGUUCGAGAAGCGCAACAGAACCAGCCGGGGCGGGCAGGUCUUCUACGUUAAGUCCAUCGAGCCACAGAAAAUAUCAACCUUAGGGAAAAGUAAGGUGAUAGUCACGGGAGCAAACUUUACCCGGGCAUCUGAUAACAUCGUCAUGAUCCUGAAAGGAACCAGUACUUGUGAAAAGGAUGUGAUACGGGUGAGCCAUGUGCUAAACGACACCCAUAUGAAAUUCUCUCUGCCAUCAAGCCGAAAAGAAAUGAAGGACGUGUGUAUCCAGUUCGAUGGCGGGAACUGUUCUUCCUUGGGGUCUUUGUCUUAUAUUGCUCUGCCACGCUGUUCCCUCAUCUAUCCUGCUACCACCUGGAUCAGUGGUGGUCAAAAUAUAACCAUCAUGGGCAGAAAUUUUGAUGUAAUCGACAACUUAAUCAUUUCACAUGAGUUAAAAGGAAACAUAAAUGUCUCUGAACACUGCAUGGCGGAUUACUGCAGUUUCUUAGCGCCCGGUGUAAAGAGUUCAAAAGUGCGGACGAAUGUGACUGUGAAGCUGAGAGUGCAGGAGACCUACUUGGAUUGUGGGAGCUUGCAGUACCUGGAGGACCCCAGGUUUACAGGCUAUCGGGUUGACCCCGAGGUGGACACAGAACUGGAAGUAAAAAUCCUGAAGGAAAAUGAUAACUUCAACAUUUCCAAGAAAGACAUUGAAAUCACUUUCUUCCAUGGGGAAAAUAAGCAGUUAAAUUGCAGCUUUGAAAAUAUUACCAGGACUCAAGAUCUCACCACCAUCCUCUGCAAAAUUAAAGGUAUCAGAGCUGCAAGCAGCAUUGCCUCCUCGUCGAAGAAAGUUCACGUCAAACUGGGGAACUUGGAGCUCUACGUCGAGCAGGAAUCGGUGGCUUCCCCUCUGUACUCUCUGAUUGGGCUUCCCAUCUUGCUCUUGAUUGUCAUUUUUGUGGCUGUGGUGGUGACCAGGCACAAGUCCAAGGAGCUAAGUCGCAAACAGAGCCAACAGCUGGAGCUCCUGGAGAGCGAGCUCCGGAAGGAGAUCCGUGAUGGCUUUGCUGAGCUGCAGAUGGAUAAAUUGGAUGUGGUUGAUAGUUUUGGAACUGUUCCCUUCCUUGACUACAAACAUUUUGCUCUGAGAACUUUCUUCCCUGAGUCAGGUGGCUUCACACACAUCUUCACUGAAGAUAUGCAUAACAGAGAAGCCAAUGACAAGAAUGAGAGUCUCACAGCUUUGGAUGCCCUAAUUUGUAAUAAAAGUUUCCUUGUUACUGUCAUCCACACCCUUGAAAAGCAGAAGAACUUUUCAGUGAAGGACAGGUGUCUGUUUGCCUCCUUCUUAACCAUUGCCCUGCAAACCAAGCUGGUCUAUCUGACCAGCAUCCUGGAGGUGCUGACCAGGGACCUGAUGGAACAGUCCAGUAACAUGCAGCCUAAACUCAUGCUAAGACGCACCGAGUCCGUGGUUGAAAAACUCCUCACAAACUGGAUGUCCGUCUGCCUUUCUGGUUUUCUGCGGGAGACUGUUGGAGAGCCAUUCUAUUUGUUGGUGACAACUUUGAACCAGAAAAUAAACAAGGGUCCCGUAGAUGUAAUCACGUGCAAAGCCCUCUACACUCUCAAUGAAGACUGGCUGCUGUGGCAGGUCCCGGAAUUCAGCACCGUGGCAUUAAACGUCGUCUUUGAAAAAAUCCCAGAAAACGACAGUGCAGAUGUCUGUCGGAAUAUUCCAGUCAAUGUUCUUGAUUGUGAUACUAUAGGCCAAGCCAAAGAAAAGAUUUUCCAAGCAUUCCUCAGCAAAAAUGGCUCUCCUUAUGGACUUCAGCUGAAUGAAAUUUGUCUCGAGCUUCAGGUGGGCACACGACAGAAAGAACUUCUGGAUAUUGACAGUUCCUCCGUGAUUCUUGAAGAUGGAAUCACCAAGCUAAAUACCAUCGGCCACUACGAGAUUUCAAAUGGAUCCACUAUAAAAGUCUUUAAGAAGAUAGCAAAUUUUACAUCAGACGUGGAAUACUCGGACGACCACUGCCAUUUGAUUUUACCAGAUUCGGAAGCAUUCCAAGAUGUGCAAGGAAAGAGACAUCGAGGGAAACACAAGUUCAAAGUAAAAGAAAUGUAUCUGACAAAGCUGCUGUCGACCAAGGUGGCAAUCCACUCUGUGCUUGAAAAACUUUUUAGAAGCAUUUGGAGUUUACCCAACAGCAGAGCCCCGUUUGCUAUCAAGUACUUCUUUGACUUUUUGGACGCCCAGGCUGAAAACAAAAAAAUCACCGAUCCUGACGUUGUGCAUAUUUGGAAAACAAACAGCCUUCCGCUUCGCUUCUGGGUAAACAUCCUGAAGAACCCCCAGUUCGUCUUUGACAUUAAGAAGACACCGCACAUAGACGGCUGUUUGUCAGUGAUCGCCCAGGCAUUCAUGGACGCAUUUUCUCUCACGGAGCAGCAGCUCGGGAAGGAAGCACCAACUAAUAAACUUCUCUAUGCCAAGGAUAUCCCGACCUACAAAGAGGAAGUAAAAUCUUAUUACAAAGCAAUCAGGGACUUGCCUCCAUUGUCAUCCUCAGAAAUGGAAGAAUUCUUAACUCAGGAAUCUAAGAAACAUGAAAAUGAAUUUAAUGAAGAAGUGGCCUUGACAGAAAUCUUCAAAUACAUCAUAAAAUAUUUUGAUGAGAUUCUAAAUAAACUAGAAAGAGAACGAGGGCUGGAAGAAGCUCAGAAACAACUCUUGCAUGUAAAAGUCUUAUUUGAUGAAAAGAAGAAAUGCAAGUGGAUGUGAGCACUCUGGGGCCUGGCUUAACCUGGCAAAGUUCUUCAGACGACUUGGGAGCAAAAUGGCUGCUUGAGCUACUCUGUGUCGUUAAUUUUUUAAGUUUGCACAUAGGUUCCACUUUGAGCACCGUCUUUAAGAGACCAAGGCACAUGCACAGCUUUUAGAAAGCAUACCAACUACUGUGCCUGUGUGUAUACUGUGGGAACCCUUCUGUAAAUAGAGCUGAACUGGUUGUUGCAAACAGCCUCCUUGUUUACAGAGAAUACAGGGCCAGUAAGCAAAUGUCAGUAUUGUAACUACAGUCUCCACUUAAGCACAAUGAUAUAAGUGGUUUUGUUUGAAAACUACAGUUAUGUAGCACAUGUGACUACACUGCACCUUUGCAGAAAAGGGACACUGUCGGUGAUCAGAGCAAAAUGUGAAAUGAGUCAUUUGGAAACAAGGUGGAGGUGUUAGGGCAACCUUGAGGAUCUGCAGCAUUGAAAGUUUCCUCAGUAGUUCUUGGAAAAGCUGGUUGCAGAAUUUGGUAGUGUGUACACUUAGCAUUUGUGAGUGUGUGUGUGUGUGUUUUAAACCAAAAACUAACAGUGUUGCAACAUUGUUGAAAGGGCUGUGUUUUUCAGUGGUCACCAACUGCACUCCAUCAAACUCACCUCCAUUUCACUAAGGAGCUCUAAAGCAAGGAGCAUGAGUAAGCUUUAUUUAUAGGCAACAGCAUUUUAUCCAGAUACUUUGUCUUAAGGUGUGUUUCUUUCAUUUUAUUUUCCCAAACUAAAUGUAUUUGGUAGUGGGCAUGUUGGAUGUGUAAGAAAAAACAUUAGUUUAUCUCUAAAAACUUUGAUCAGAUCUGUGGAAGAAUAACUCACUCCCCUAACCCUACAUUUCUGUACUAGUGUCUCCUUGCUUUAGAGUUCUGGUGAACCCUGUGGUUAUAAAUACUUGUGUGUGAUUAAAAAAAAGAUACAUUUUACAUUUCAUGAAAUUGCUGUUCACACUGGAGUAUUAUAUAUGAAUAUAUAUAUUUGAGGCCCAAGGCCUGGAAAAUAUUAGUAUAAAACUUGGUAUCUUAGUCUAUGUACUUUUUGAAAGUAUUCCUCACAAGAGAAAGAAUUAAAAAUGCUCAUUUUAUUCAUGCCUUUCUUUUUAAAGAAUUCCCUAUCCAGUUACACUGUAGUUUUAUUGCUGAUUUUUUAUUCCUGAAUUUUUGCUGCUCAUGACCAAUUUUAAUACCACUGUGUUUUCCUUCUAGUAAAUCAGAAGUAAAAAGUGUAAUUGGGAGCUCUCAAACUUUCCUUGUGGCACCUUUUACCCUUGGUGCUCCAAAUCCCAGACUGAGGAAAGAAAUUUUUUCAAGUAGCAAAUAAAACAUUGAUCACACAUUCCUUAAAAUCAUUUACCAACACCGUAUGGGAUAUCAGGAAUUAAUGUGAAUUUGUUUUAGAUAAAUGCAAUUUAUUUUGCUUCUCAAUAUCUGGUAGAGAGGUGAUACCUCAACAAACUGAUCAGAGAAAAUAAGCAGUUAUGGCCCUGAUAGGUACCUUCCCAAUCCCAUCGCUUUUGACCAUUGUCUGUCCAAUGGACACACCUCAAAACUACUACCAAAUAGGUUACUUACAAGAAUAAAGGUAAGAGGUCUGGCCCCCAUCUAAGGCUGCUACAGUCUUGAUGUGAAGGCGUGCGUCAGAGAACAAUAGGAGAGUUGAGAGCCAAUGGUAGGAGAGUUGCCCAAAAGCCUUCCCCUUCUUUAGGGUACAGAAAUGCUAAGAAAACUCAAAGGAACAGCUCCAGCUUUAUCUGACUACUUAGUAAAAGCUACACAAGGAUGUCCCCGUCCAGCUCUCUGGCACAGGAGUCCUGUGUGGAGAUUCACCUCCUCUUCCAGGGACUGUGCUGCUGGGAACUUUGGGCAAGUCACUUACCUCUUUGUGCCUCAAUUUCUGUAUAUUUCAAUCCUACCUCACUGAGGUGGUGUGAAGAUUCACUAAUGUAUGUAGCGUGUUUGUCAAUCCUCCAGUGAAAAGCACUAUCUAGAUCACAUUUUUGGAUCCCAUCAGCCAAACGCAGUAAAUGGCCAAAUUAGAUGUGUGCUGAAGACAAUCAGUCACUGGGUCUAUAUUAAACAGCAAGAGAAACAAACAGCAAACAAUUUAUAUUUUCAAGUUUCUUUGCCUAUUUUUUGGUGCAAAACCAUUUAUAAUUUUUUUUUUCCUAACACUAGUGUCUACAGCAGCAUUUAAAGUUUAAUUCUGUUACCUUUUCCGUAUUAGGGAUUUAAAGUCUAUUUCUUGUAUACCUGACUGAAGCUGUUCUUGGAGAUGAAUGUUUUAAAUGUCUAUAUCCAAAAAUAAACAUUUUGAUGUAAA